GUUCCGAUCUUCUGCCCUCGAACGUAUCCUAUUUAAUAGAAACUUUCUCGCAAGAAUCGAAACUUAUAUAGGAGUAAGAAAGCGAGGCGAUAAAGAAAGCACGGUGAAACGCAGAGGAACGAAAAGGAAGACGCGCCCGUGCGCACCAAUGGCGGACAGCGACCCUUAUUUACCGAGCUCAAAAUGGCUGCCCUUCGUAUUUUCACACGCUCGUGCUUUCCAGCGAUUUUGCAAGGUCCCGUAGCUCUACAGUCGGUGAAGUGCGCAUCCCCGACUAUCACCGAGAUUUAUAAGAGAUGGAGUAGUUACAAAUCUUCGCCUAUAUACAAAGAUCCUUCUCAUUACACAGACUAUGAUAUAUCUAAUGAUCCGGUAGAAUGGAGCUAUGUAGAACGUUUAAUGAGAUAUAAGAUUAUACCACAACCAAAAACUACUGAUACAAAUUUACCUUCAGGAUGGAAACCAGCCACUGCAAAACCCAGUGACCAUUCUUAUUUCAUACAACGUACAAAAAACCAUAUGCUACCUGUUUAUCUACAAAUAAAAUUUAGAGGAAUGAGAAAAGUAACGCAAAUACGUAAAAUACAAGGAGAUAUUUGGAAAUUAGAGAAAGAAUUAAAGCAGCAUAUUAAAGAAACAACAAAUAAAACAUUUGGUAGUAGAAUAAAUGAAAUGUGUGGUGAAAUUAAGUUUAGAGGAGAUUAUGUAUCUUGCGUUAAAAAGUGGUUACUAGCUAAAGGUUUUUAAAUUUGUCAAUGUAAAUUUUUGUUUAUAUUAUGAAUAUAAAAAUUGAAACAUUUAUAAUGUAAAUAUGAUUACAUAGGAACUGUUACAACAAAAUACUUUUAUGUAUAUUUGCAAAAAUAAAAAGUUACAUCGCUUUAUAA